UAAGGGGUUUUUCUAGUCUACACUGUCUAUUCAGAGGUUUCUUCUCCGACAGAGAGAUUCAAUCUGGGCGAUAGAGGAAAAUCACGAAUUCCCUAGAAAGUGACGGAAAAUUAAUAAAAAAAAUGCGUGGAUCACGAUCUCUGCUGCUAAUAGCUUUAUCAUUUCUCUUCACAUUCUUCACCAAAUCUAACGCUCUUUACGGUCCGUCGUCGCCCGUGCUUCAGCUCACUCCUUCUAAUUUCAAGUCCAAGGUUUUAAAUUCAAACGGAGUUGUUUUGGUUGAGUUCUUCGCACCUUGGUGUGGUCAUUGCCAAGCUUUAACCCCAAUAUGGGAGAAAGCAGCCAAUGCCUUGAAAGGUGUUGCUACUGUUGCAGCCCUUGAUGCUGAUGCUCACCAGUCCCUUGCUCAGGAAUACGGGAUUAGAGGAUUUCCUACAAUAAAGGUGUUUGCCCCUGGAAAGCCUCCUGUAGAUUAUCAGGGCACUAGGGAUGUCAAGCCUAUUGCAGAAUUUGCCCUCAAGCAGGUAAAGGCCCUUUUGAAAGACCGUUUGGAUGGGAAAGCUUCUGGAGGAUCAAGUGAGAAAUCUGAGCCUAGUGCAUCAGUAGAAUUGAAUUCCCGCAACUUUGAUGAAUUGGUGAUCAAAAGUAAAGAACUUUGGGUUGUGGAGUUUUUUGCUCCUUGGUGUGGACACUGUAAAAAACUUGCUCCUGAGUGGAAGAAGGCUGCUAAUAGCCUGAAGGGAAAGGUGAAGCUUGGUCAUGUUGACUGUGAUUCUGAUAAGUCUCUCAUGAGCAGGUUCAAUGUGCAAGGGUUCCCUACCAUCUUAGUAUUUGGUGCUGACAAAGAUAGCCCAGUUCCUUAUGAGGGAGCUAGGACUGCCUCUGCCAUUGAAUCAUUUGCUCUAGAGCAGCUUGAAACAAAUGUCGGACCUGCUGAAGUGACAGAGCUGACUGGCCCAGAUGUAAUGGAGGAGAAAUGUGGUUCGGCUGCCAUAUGCUUCCUUGCUUUCUUACCCGACAUUCUAGACUCCAAGGCAGAAGGAAGGAACAAGUACUUGGAGAUGUUAUUGUCAGUUGCAGAGAAAUUUAAACGAAGUCCUUACAGCUAUGUAUGGGCUGCAGCCGGAAAGCAACCAGAUCUUGAAACGCGGGUAGGUGUUGGUGGGUACGGUUAUCCAGCUCUUGUAGCCUUGAACAUCAAGAAAGGAGCAUAUGCUCCACUCAAAAGUGCAUUUGAGCUUGAGCAGAUCACGGAGUUUGUGAAGGAAGCAGGGCGCGGAGGCAAGGGAAAUCUACCAUUGGAGGGGAAACCCGAGACCGUGAAGACAGAACCAUGGGAUGGUAAAGAUGGAGAAAUCAUUGAAGAGGAUGAAUUCUCACUUGAAGAACUCAUGGGAGAAUCUACAGAAAGCAAAGAUGAGUUGUGAUAAAAUUCGGGUUUAGUUUAGUCAAAAUAAGUAUUUUUGAUGUUUAGCGUGACCGGGUUGUGUCGUUUAUUUGGUUUCUACCUAUUGAUCGAAUAUCUGAAGGACUUGGGUUUUUACUAAUUGAAACACUUCACUACGAAUGUUCAAUAUAUUUAUGGAAGUUCCUUU